GCGCCAGAGCUGCCGGUGUACGCAAUUCGCGCAUUAGCUUCCGGGACUUGUAGUUCUCACGUAGCUCGAACUGUGAGGGAGGUGAAUGUCGUUGAACUACAGCUCCCAGCAGUACGUGCGUCGGCCGAGCCCAGAGGACUCUGAGGCAAGCGAGAUACACACGGCACGCUGCCCGACAGCUGCUGGGAUCAAAUAUGCCUCGGGCCCGUCGGAGCAACGCGGCCAGCAAGAAGGGUAGUGCCAGCCGCGGUUCUCUGAGACAGGAGCUGUUACAGCUGAAAGUUUCGGACAGACUCACCCAGCUGAAAGGGUCUCGAGCCGGAUCUCGUGCAGCAGACUCAGAGGCCAGUGAGGAUGAGGCAGCCAGCGAUGUUCUCAGUCACUGCAGUAGCGCCAGCGAGACGAUUAGUGUGGCUGAGGAUGGAUCAGGCAAUGACGUGCAGGACCUCCAGGCAUUACAGGAGCAGCGGGAAGAUAAACUGAAAGAGGAUAUAGACCAUCUCACAGAUAAGAGCGCCAAGACCCGGCUGACCGCUCUAGGCAACCUGCGCCUCGCUCUGUCGUCUCAGGUCCUGGGGGACUUCCUCACAGAGAGACGCCUCACGCUCACAGACGCUCUAGAACGCUGUCUGAAAAAAGGUAAGGAGGAGGAGCAGUCUCUUGCUGCCACAUUACUGUCUCUUCUGUGUAUACAGCUGGGUUCUGGCCCUGAAGGAGAAGAAGUCUUCCGUUCUCUAAAACACAUACUCAUCAGCAUCCUAACUGACUCCAGUGCGGGAGUGACAGCCCGACAAAGUUGUGCCACCGCUCUGGGCCUGUGCUGUUAUAUCGUUGCUGCUGAUGUAGAGGACCUGAUUUCAAGCGUCUGCUGCCUAGAGGGUGUAUUUUCUAAAUUGUACUCUGAAAGUAAUGGCGCCCCUUCAUCACAUCAAGGUCUGGCCUGCUGUGCCAUUCAGUCCUGGGCACUGCUGAUGACCAUUUGUCCAGCCAGCUGGACCCAGAAGGCAUUGGAGAGCCACCUGCCCAGUCUGUCUGGGGUGCUAUCCAGCGAGAGCCUCGGUCUCCGUAUUGCAGCUGGAGAGAGUCUCGCCCUCCUGUACGAACUGGCCCGCGAUUUGGAUGAAGACUUCUUCUACGAAGAUGCAGACACUCUGUGUGUGACACUGAAAGCAUUAGCCACAGACAGCAACAAAUACAGAGCAAAGACCGACCGGCGCAAGCAGCGCUCCAUCUUCCGGGACGUUCUCCAUUACAUUGAGAGCGGAGAGUGCCAAGAGGAGACCAUAAAGUUCGGCCUAGAGUCAAUGUAUGUGGAUAGUUGGGCGCGGAGGAGAACGUACAACUCGUUUAAAGAAACACUGGGCUCUGGAGUGCGGUAUCACUUACAGCAUAAUGAGGUUGUACGAGACAUCUUCUCCUUGGGCCCCCCACUCGUUCUGGAUGCCGCUACGAUCAAAGCUAGUAAGAUCUCUCGCGUAGAGAAGCACAUGUUCAACUCCGCCGCCUUCAAAGCCAGAACUAAAGCCAGGAGCAGAAUGCGGGACAAACGAGCGGAUGUCCUAUAAUCGCCUUGUGCCAACCAAACCAUUGGGGGCUCGCUGCCUCUCCGGGACAUCCCAUAUUGGCUUCUUUAUAUAUCUAAUCACCCCUCAUCUGCAGAGAGAAGUGUUGGUCUGUGUCCUUCGUUGAAGGAGAAGAAGUGAAGCGCUGCUGUGAAGCACAGACUAACAGAAAAAAAGGAAAUGUUUUUGGAAUUUUUUUUUUUUUUUAAUUGGAUCAUGGGAGUUGCUGACAGGAGGGGAAUGUGGCAGAUGAGAAUCAUAUGAGACGCUUUUCAAAAUCCCUGCAGGGAACAAAAUUCUGUCCUGACAAAGGUGCUCUACAGACUCCGCCCCCUUCACCUGAACUCGUCUCUGCUCGGUGCUAUGGAAUGGGCCUACCAUUGUAAAAUGCCUACGCACCGCUUCUUGGGAUCUUUAAGUACACGUACAGUUGAAGUCUGUGACUGUAUCAGAGAAAUUUUAAAGGAGAUGUGCUGCUUUUUUAUACAAUGUUAGCUAGGAGAUUGCAAGGACUGUCAGAUCUUAUUGUGGUGCUGUGAAAUGUAUCAUAUAAUUUAUUGGUCAAAAGAUGAGCGUUUUUACAGUUUGGAAAUGACUUCUGCCAGGGUUUGGCUACGUCGCCCUCCACUGUUAUCUUACAUAGACAACAUUCGGAUAUACAGCCCUCUUGGUGCUGUAACACAAGUCCUACACUAUCCAUCUGCUUUUUUACAGUAACUUUUACACCUGAAACCCUGACCAUAGCGGUGCCCGUGGAUUUGUGUGGUGGAGAAAAUGAUACAGGAUUUUAAGUGAAUCUUUGCUCUUGGAAUGUUGUGUGUACAUAGAGUGCAGUGAAGGAACUGGAAAUAGCGCCACGUCUUCAGCCUUUAACGCUACGGGGCUGGUGCGGCAUCAUCACUUUGUGCAGGCACCAUGUUACAUUUUGGACUAUUUAUAUAAUAAAAUGCUAACGCUGCUCCUCACCUCUAUGGGGAGGAAUUCAAGUGUUUUGCAUUCUGGUGGCCACUAGAUAUAGGUCGAUGGAGAAAUUCAAGUGUUGCUAUGUUUAGGCGCACACAGCCUGUAAGCAAACUACUAUACAUGGCAGCUUGUACUGAUGAAUGUAAAUUAGCCGACACCGUAUCUCGCCAUAAUAACGUUACUGUAUAAACAGGUUAUUUUAUCUUUCUAAUUGCAUAGUCCUGACUGAAGUGUAAUGAGGUAUUUCCUUUCCCCCUGUUGUACACCUACAUGACAAUAGAGCAAUCUAUAGUUCUUACCUAGGAGGCUGCUAGACUGUUGGUUAAUAAAAACAGAAGCACCACCUUUUUAAACACAUGGCGUAUUUUAAAUGUAAGUAAUAGCAUCGGGUGCUGUCCUGUAGUUGGGAUAUGCACAGGAGACGUCUAAGGGUUGACUGAUCCUGCAAGUAGAGCAACAGAAAUACUAUAGGCUGAAGGUAUCCCGUUAUCCGGUUUUAAGUUAUGUGUCUGCUUUGGCGUUGCACGUUGCUGGCGUGUACAGUAUGUGAUACAUAUACACGGCAGCUAUAGGUAAUAGUGGGUUUAUAUUCUAUUUUUCACAUGUUUACAGCCUACAUCUCAUUCCUUCAUAUUUCCACCAUGGGAGUACCCUCAUACUCCACAUUGCGGCACACAAGCGCAUGAAUGUAAUGUAGUUCCCCCUCUGCUGGCCAAACCAGGAAAUACGUCUUCCAUAGAGACCCUUCAUGAUAUAGUUACUAAAUGACGGCUUUCACCUCUGCUUUUCAAAGGGGAAAAAAAUAAAUAAAUGCAAAAUUAUGGUUCUGCAUUUUUUAUUUUUUUUUAAAUCCAUCGGCCAAAGCGAAUCACUGAGCGGUAAACGCUUGUCUUUCUGAAUGUCUAGUUAACCCUUUCACCUAGGACCUACCCCUGUAUGUGUGGUGGAAUGAAAGGAAAUGGAGAAUCCUCCAAAAAAGGCUGAUUUCAUUACUCCCGUUGCCAUGGGUUACCGCUCAACUGGGAGAAUGUAGCAUCUUCACACUUUUAUUCAUAUUAGAGUAAAGCAAAUCGUAGCUACCAUUUUGAAUAAUUAAGACCUGAGUUGGGAUUACUCGCUGUAAUCCACCAGUUCUUUUUAUACCAUAUCUGCAGUUAGAUAGAUAGAUAUCUAUCUAUCUAUCUAUCAUACAACAACUUCAAUUCUGCCAACUAUUUUCCUACCUCUGGUGAGGUCUUACCGUGCAAAAUGGCUGCUACGUGCUGUUCUUUUUAUAUAUAUAUAUUUUAUUUCUAAAAGUACUUCCUGCAUUACUGACCACUCAGCCGCACAUCGCUCCGUAUGUCUAAUAUUCCCCUGUAAGUACGAGACUCCUCCUCCUUCACGGCAGUGCCUGGGGGAGUGGUCAAACAUUGUGCCCUCCCCCGCUAAAUCCUUUAUAUCAGAGCUGCACAUACGAUUGUCAGAUCUUCUAUUUAUCUUUGGAUUUUAUACAAUGAAUUCAACAAUAUUUUGGCCACAAGUCAGACAUCAGAUAAUAAAGAGUUAAAAUAAA